GGUAAUACGUUUCUACUGCUCAUGGCCACCUGUGUGAGUGUGCUGGUAUGUGUGUUUAUUUGGCCAUCUUCUAUGUUGCACAGAACAUUAACUACAAUGUUAUUUUUCAGGAUUGAAGAGGAGGAAUGGGACAGAUACAUGACUCCUACAAAACCUGAAGCGGAGAAAAACAAAGUGAGCCGGACUUUCAGCUUCCUGAGGAGCAGGAUGAGCAGUACGAGGAAUAAAACCAAGACCAAAACAAAAGAUACAAAAGAGAAGGUGAAUCGUCACCAGUUUGUACUGGGUACAUUCUCUGGUGUAGUUCCAUGUUUGGUAUGUGAGAAAGCCCUCCUGGGGAAAGAGUCAUUUCAGUGUUCCAAUUGUAAUGUGAAUGUGCACAAGGCAUGCAAGGAUUCUGCUCCAGCAUGUACAAAGAAAUUUCAGGACCGGUACAAUACAAAAUACAAACCAGCCAUCAUUUCAAAUUCCUCAUUCAAGGACAUUCCUCAGCCGGUUCCUUCAGCAAUGCCUCCAGUGACUUCUGUGUCUGUUGGCUUUUCUUCUGGAAAGAAAGAUACUGCACAGUCAUCCCAUCCUUUAUCCAGGAGUGUGCCUGUGCCGACCAUGGACAGGAGAUUAGAUCAGUCAUUGGAAUCUGAUGGUGACACAAGUGGCUCUAGAUCCAGGUCACAGUCGGAUGAACUGUUACAAAGUCUG